GGCUGGGAAGGCGAGUCCGCCUCACUGAGGGCAGCGAACAUUCAAAACGCUCUGGGGCCGCUGGAUAAAAAAAGAAUCUAGCCAUACCUCCAUAUCUUAUAUUACAAAAUUACCCCCGGUCAAAGGAUUUUUCCCGCUUUAGCUGAGAAGAUAUGUUCAGACGGGUGGUGCGGCAGAGUAAGUUCCGGCACGUGUUCGGCCAGGCAGUAAAGAACGACCAGUGCUAUGAUGACAUCAGGGUGUCUCGGGUCACAUGGGACAGCGCCUUCUGCGCAGUCAACCCCAAAUUCGUCGCCAUAAUCGUAGAGGCCAGUGGCGGUGGAGCCUUCCUCGUUCUGCCCCUUCAUAAGACGGGUCGUAUAGACAAGGCCUUCCCUACGGUAUGUGGACACACAGGGCCAGUGUUGGAUAUCGAUUGGUGCCCCCACAACGACCAGGUCAUUGCCAGUGGGUCGGAGGACUGCACCAUCAUGGUGUGGCAGAUUCCUGAGAAUGGCCUGGUGACCUCCAUGUCGGAACCUGUGGUGGUGCUGGAGGGUCAUUCCAAAAGAGUGGGCAUCAUUACCUGGCAUCCUACUGCCCGCAAUGUUCUCCUCAGCGCAGGUUGUGAUAACAUGAUUAUGAUCUGGAACGUGGGUACGGGUGAGGCUCUGAUCACUCUGGAGGACAUGCACCCGGACGUAAUCUACAGCGCCUGCUGGAACCGCAACGGCAGCCUCAUCUGCACCGCCUGCAAGGACAAGAAGGUUCGAGUCAUCGACCCACGCAAGGAGGAGAUCAUAGCGGAGAAGGAUAAAGCCCAUGAAGGAGCGAGGCCCAUGAGAGCCAUCUUUCUUGCCGAUGGAAAUGUUUUCACCACUGGCUUCAGCCGCAUGAGCGAGAGACAGCUCGCACUCUGGAACCCGCAAAACAUGGAGGAGCCCAUCUCAGUCCACGAGAUGGAUACCAGUAAUGGAGUCCUCCUGCCCUUCUAUGACCCUGACACCAAUGUGGUCUACCUGUGCGGAAAGGGCGACAGCAGCAUCCGUUAUUUUGAGAUCACGGAUGAGGCUCCCUACGUGCAUUACCUCAACACUUUCACCACCAAGGAGCCUCAGAGGGGCAUGGGCUACAUGACCAAGAGGGGCCUGGACGUCAACAAGUGUGAAAUCGCCAGGUUUUACAAACUGCAUGAGAGGAAGUGUGAGCCUAUCAUCAUGACUGUGCCAAGAAAAUCUGACCUAUUCCAGGAUGACCUGUAUCCAGACACGGCUGGUCCCGACCCUGCUCUGGAGGCCGAGGAAUGGUUUGAGGGCAAGAACGGCGAGCCCAUCUUGAUCUCGCUCAAACACGGCUACAUUCCUGGCAAGAACCGUGACCUCAAGGUGGUCAAGAAGAACAUUCUGGACAACAAGCCCAAGAUGAGCAAGAAUACAGAGAACACCAACCCCGCCACCAAAACAGCCACCUCAGCCCCGUCUAUUAAAGGCGAAGCAAAGCUGGAUGAGGUGCUAAAAGAAAUCAAAUCUCUCCGAGAGCUGGUCAGCAGUCAGGAAAAGCGAAUCGCCAAACUCGAGGAGCAGUUGUCCCAGAUGGACAUCUAAAGGACCCAAAUCCCCUUCCACCCAGCUACUGAUCAGGAUGUUCCUUUGGCCAGGUGGGCGGGACCCGUCACUGCCAAUCACCACGACAGCGUUCCGUCUGAAGCCUGCCUAGCAACGAUCCCGACCAACAUUCCAAGAUGAACUUUUAAAUCCCAUUUCUAACCACCAAACCCAUUUUGUCUGCAAAAUGAGAGAGAGAGGGAGAGAGACAAAGCAUAGGUCUCUCACCAAAUUUAUGAAUUCAACCUUACUCCAAAUCCCUCAGUGGCACUUGUUUUAUUGGGUGUUUUUUUUUUUCCAAAGGUCAUAAUAUUGUUUCCUUUUCUUAUUGUCAAACAUCGUGACCAAGGUUCUAGUGAUGCAUUCACAUAAUUUGUGAUGUGCUGAGAUGUUGAAAUAGCAUCAGUAUUGCAUUCCUCCCUCUUCCUCUUUUCCCCUUUUCUUUGUUGCCAAAUUUUUUUUUUAGAGGAGACAUGUUUAUGCACCUCCUUGACAGUAUUUGACCAUAGCUUUUCGUUUGUCUUACUCAGACUUUGUACUAAUAAGGGACAAUGCAAUAGGCCGGUAAUGCAAUGGAGGGGGAAUUAUUUAAAUCAUAUAUUACAGUGGACAAAAAAGUAAACUUUUCAAGCUGAUUUUAACCAACCAGGCAAAAGUAUACAGUUGGAGCGAAUGUACAGAUCAACAGAGUAAAACAGCAUCCACCUGCUGAAAGAAUCUUAAGUCUUAUGUUUAGUUUGAUCAAUAUUCAGGUGCCCAUUUAAAACUUAUUUUGAGCAUUCUUUGUACUGAAAUGUUUUGUAUCAGCAGAUGAUUCUCCAGUCUGGUUCUUCCAGUCUGGUUUGUCGUGCUUCAUUUGCCAUGGACACAGCCAUUGAGAUUUCCUAUCAUUCCCUACAACUUGCCUCUCUCCCAGAACAUCCUCUCAUUAUGCUAAAAUCAUGCAAUAAAGUUUUCUUUUUCUAAUUAAAAAUCUGAUUUUUACAUUCCUGGGUUGCCCCUCCCACUCUCAUUUUUUGUGUUUAGUUUAAACCCAAUGGAUCUGUCUCAUAGUAUACCUAUACCAUUUUAUAGCUUUCUGACUGUACUUAUCACACUUCUCAGAUGGCUGAUUAGACAUUAGUUCUUACUUUGUACAUCUAAUGAAUUGCGUUGCAGGGGCUCUAGAUGAAAUAUAUAGAUCAGGAUUCCUAAUCUGAGAAGUUGGAUUAACAUGGAUAAAAUAUUGGUGCUUAGCUUCACAUUCUGACAGUGGAACAAAGCACAUUAAGCAGGUCUUUAGUUAAUGUGCUUCAUGAUACAUAAAUGGGAACUUGUACAGGAGCAUUUAAAGCGGUAGUUCUGUCAGUCUGUUAGGGUGGCCAGCAAUGAACAAAAAUUUACCAUUGUUUCCAGUUAAGCCCACACUUCCAAUUCUGCACUUUCACAGAACUUGCAAAAUAGUUUUGUAAUAUUUACCCAGUGUUUCAUAGUAGAUACUGAGUUGAAUAAAGUCUGCAGUUUGAGGUUAAUAAGCCAGACUAGCCAUUUCAACAUUUUCAGUAAAAUAUGCCUUUAGGUUCAGAACAUUGCAACCCCAGCUUAUUUCUUCUCUAAACUUAGAAGGGAAUUUUAAUGAUUUUUCAACAUUUCUUCAUAAUCAAAUCAAAUUGAUAAGACAUAAACAUUCACGGUUGUGGAGUUAGUUCUGGGGAAAAAGAAUCGUUCCCAGUGGUGGUAAUAGGAGCCAGACAACUGAAACGUUUAAUGGUUCAAAAGUUCCCUCACAAAAAGCUAUUGCAUGGUCUAAUUAGAAUACAUGGUCUAAUGCCUGAGAUACUGUUCUACAAUAGCUUUAAGAUUUGGCCUAAAAUGUUGUUUUUUUUGUUUUUUUUUUUCUUCAUGACGGAGAGGUUCAUGCUGGGUGCGCUAAGACAAAAUAGUUCCAUAAGAAAACCUAUUUUUUCAGGUAUAGGUAUAAUUUGCCAUCAGCAUUACAUGAAAACUCAGGACACGUGUAGGUUCACUGGUUGUUUUGGAUUGUAAUUAAAAAGGCUAUAUUUGUGUACAUAUUGUUACCUUUGCUUCCUAUCACCACCACUGUAAAGAAAUCCGAGUAAGUUUCUCUACAUCAGACCACUCUGAAUCCCUUAGUUUGCAUCUCAAUAAUUGAAUCAUGCAGAAAUUUUGAAAAAUCAUUAAAAUUUCUCUUUAAAUCAUUUCCCUUUCUGGCCAAAGCCUUGAGAUUGUUGCUCUGUCGUCAGGUCUGAACCUCAUAAAACCUCAGGAGUUUGCCCCUAUUUUUCAUCAAUGUUUUGACCUUAUGUCAUCAGUGUUGGCAUAGACUGCCACAAUCAUUCCAUGCUUGACGUCCUGUUUCCGCUGCGAAUAGAAAAACUGCCCUGCUCUACUAGCCAUGUGAAACCAGCUCUCUAGGGCUCUAGCUUUGUCUAGACUAUACAAACCAUGACUUUGACACAAGCCAUGGCUCACUUGUGAACUGGUGUCAGUAGAAUAUGCAACUUUUCUGAGGUGGUCCAUGAGGAAACCUAACUUUUCCUUUGUGCAAAUGCCAUUUAUGAACUAAUAUGUGAACAUGUUUCCAAUGUGCUUUGUCCAAGUGUUUGUUGCCACAGUUUCCCCUGCACCCUUUGCUAAACUUGUCUUCAUGUAGUUCAUUCCAGGAACUGAGAUGAUCGCAGGUGUUUUGCAUCCUCUUUUUUUCAAUCACCCACCCACAGAGACAAUACGGUACCUCUGCUGGUGUGCACAGUUUAGAUCAAAUGGUUUUCAUGGGAUUUCCUGCCAAGGAAGUCUCUAUCCAAAAGUGCUGAUUAACAAAGAAAAGCUAGUGGAGUAGAAGUAUAGAAGAAAGAUAUCGGUGCCAUUCUGUAGUGGUUCCAGUAGGUCCUAUGCAUUACUAGCAAGGUUACUUUUUUGGGAGAAGUAGAAAUGUAAGAGUUGAUAUGCACAGAUGGCUUUAGGGAGUGUUUGAGAGAUAGGAGAGAUACAAUGUUCAUGUGAAUUGGUAGAUUAGCAUGAAAGGAUUAUCGAACAAAUGCCUUUACCUUAGUAGAAUUUAUGGCCUUGACAGGGGAUUUUAGUCCUUUAAACCACCUAAAUCCAUGCAGUUGGGCAAGUGACUGAACUAUCUUAAAGAACAAAGCCAUCUCAAUGGUCCCUGGGCUUUUGGCAUGUGAAUUUUCCACAAUCAGGUGAAUAAAACUUAUGAUCCAACAGCUGUCUUAGUGGUUUUGCAUAUACCAGUAAGGCCUUUAUAGGGGAACCUCUGCUUUGUUUGUUGGUGUUGGUGGAAUAAGCCCUUAUCCACUGGUUCUAGUCUACUUCACUUAACCGUCUUAAGAUGGUUCAGGUUGGCAUUUGUGAAAGACAGCGUUAUUUAUGUAUCAGAGUGAAAGUGCUUAUGUUGGAAUGGAGUAUUGUAGGUGGUAAGGAAUAAAGAUUUAAAGUGGUUUCUGUAGGUUGAAUAGAAUCUAGAAAGCUUAGUGUAUGGGAUUCCAUUUAAUGCUGUAAAUAACUUUUAAUUAUUAUUUCAAAAAUUUCUUCCUGCCCCACCCCCCGCCAGACUACAUAAGAAAAUGCAUCAAAGACCAAACAGUAAAAUAUUCAGAAUUUAAAAGAAAUAAAUUGUUUUGUGGGUAUUUGUACUGUUUUCUUUCCCAUUCAUUCUGUUUCAAGCAUCAGAGAAUCUCAAUGGCUAUCAGAAAAAUAAAUAUUAACUGUUAAA